AAACGGCAUGAUCAUGCUGCGAACCGUGAUAUUGGUGGCACUUGUUUUGUUGCAGGGUGCUCAAGCGUACCGAGUGCUUGGACUGUUCCCUCAUCCGGGCCAGAGUCACUUCCAUUUCUUUCAGCCCGUUCUGAAAGGUCUGGCAGAAGCCGGCCAUGAGGUAACGGUCGUCAGUCACUUCCCUGAAAAGAAUCCGCCCCCGAACUACCACGAUAUGCCGCUUGAAGGCAUGACAUCGCUGUCGGAUUCGGUCAGCUUUGAGCUGUUUGAGUACCGGCCAGGUUUCGGACAUUUCAUGGAGUUUUUCAUGCUGUACACCUGGGGAAAGGAAGCUUGCGCCAAUGCCCUCAAUUCGACCGCCAUCCGGACGGUGCUGGAAUCGAAGGUCCAGUACGAUCUGAUCCUGGUGGAACAGUUCAACAGUGAUUGCAUGCUCGGCAUAGCCCACCAGUUGAACGCACCGUACAUCGGCCUUAGCAGCUGUCCACUGAUGCCCUGGCACUAUGAUCGUGUCGGCAACCCGACCUUACCCUCGUACGUUCCGGCACUUUUCAUGGGCUAUACCGAGCGGAUGGACUUUUCGCAACGGUUGGCCAAUUGGAUUACGGUUCAAUCCUUCAAAGCACUGUACAGCUGGUUCAACGAUGCCGCUGCCAACAAGUUGCUGCGCGAGCGGUUUGGCGAGGGCGUAAUACCGGACGUGCGCGAGUUACAACAGCGUACCGCGAUGAUGUUCGUCAAUCAGCACUAUUCGCUGAGCGGUGCGAAACCCCUCAGUCCGGCUGUGCUGGAGAUUGGCGGUAUCCACAUUCGUGAUUUUAAACCAUUGGAUGCCGACCUGCAGCAAAUGCUCGAUACAGCCGAUCAUGGUGUGAUCUACAUUAGCUGGGGAUCGAUGAUUCGUGCCGAAACCCUACCCGCUGAGAAACGGGAUGCUAUACUGAAGGCGCUGGGACGAUUCAAGCAACGCGUCAUCUGGAAGUGGGAAAAUGAAACCCUACCAAAUCAACCACCGAACGUACAUAUCCGGAAAUGGCUCCCUCAGCGAGAGAUUCUCUGUCAUCCCAAGGUAAGGGCAUUUAUGAGCCACGGUGGACUGCUAGGAUCGUCCGAAGCGGCCUACUGUGGUGUACCGGUAGUUGCAACUCCGAUGUACGGCGAUCAGUACAACAAUGCAGCUGCAUUGGCUAAUCGAGGCAUGGGCGUGGUAUUGUCCUACGAGGACAUUAACGUCGACUCGGUGUACGACGCACUUCGAAAGGUACUAGAACCGGAAGCGAUGGAAAGUGCCAAGCAAGUCUCGUUCUCGUAUCGUAAUCGCCCCAUUAGCCCGCUAGCAUCGGCCGUCUGGUGGUGUGAACAUGUAGCUGCUACCGGUGGUGUACCACUGGCGCAAUCCUACUCGAGCGAACUUCCAUGGUACUCUUACCAUCAGUUUGACGUGUACAUCGUUACGAUUACCUUCCUGGUACUUUACCACUCCUGCUGGAUUUGGCUGUUUAAGCGUGUCUGCUGCCGCGGCGUGACGGGUUUUAGUGAUCCAAAGCUCAAAACCAACUAA